CACCCGCCGCGCCGCGCCGCGCCGCCCAGAAUUCACGCGAACGCGCCCGCACACCUCCCUCGUCCAAUCCUCUCUCCCUUCUCCUUCGGAGAUGCUGAGGGUUUCCCCGUCCCCGGCCGCCGUCGCCGCCGCCAACCAGCUCUCCGCCGCGGGCGCGACCCCGGCUCCCGUCAGGGUGGCGGCGCCGCGCGGAGGCGUGUCGCCGUCCGCUGCCGCCGCGUGCAGGGCCACCGGGAAGGGGAAGGAGGUGCUCAGCGGGGUCGUGUUCCAACCCUUCGAGGAGAUCAAGGGGGAGCUCGCGCUCGUGCCCCAGACGCCCGACAAGUCCCUCGCCCGACACAAGUACGCCGACGACUGCGAGGCCGCCCUCAACGAACAGAUCAAUGUGGAGUACAACGCCUCGUAUGCGUACCACUCCCUAUUCGCCUACUUCGACCGUGACAACGUGGCUCUCAAAGGAUUUGCCAAGUUCUUUAAGGAAUCUAGCGAUGAGGAGAGGGAGCAUGCUGAGAAGCUCAUGGAGUACCAGAACAAACGUGGAGGCAGGGUAAGGCUCCAAUCGAUUGUGACGCCCUUGACCGAGUUUGACCACCCUGAGAAAGGCGACGCUUUGUACGCUAUGGAGCUGGCUCUUGCUCUGGAAAAGCUGGUUAAUGAGAAGCUGCACAACUUGCAUGGUGUGGCAACAAGGUGCAAUGAUCCUCAGCUGACAGACUUCAUUGAGAGUGAGUUCCUCGAGGAGCAGGUGGAAGCCAUAAAUAAGAUCUCCAAGUAUGUCGCCCAGCUGAGGAGAGUGGGCAAGGGGCACGGGGUGUGGCACUUUGAUCAGAUGCUGCUUGAGGAAGAGGCCUAAAGGAAGGGCAGACAGCUGCUGAAGGACUAAGUAAGGGGCCUGAACGAAGGAAUUGUGAAAUGAUCUGGUUGAGGAAUAAUGGGCGACAUGGACCAACAGACGAAGCUAGCCCUGGGUGUAGGUGGAAUUGUAGACGGGAGUUUUUUUGUGUUUCAGUUGGUUAGGGUUUUAGUUGUAGAGCAGUGUUGCGCCCCCCCCCCCCCCCCCCCCCCCUCUCUCUACAAAGAACAUGUUUGAUGCACUGAAACGCAGUAGAAUAUGUGGUAUUAUUGGUGCCGUAAGCUUGGGGUAGUCAGUUGUUAGAGACGUUACGCCCUUUUGGGGGUUUGAUUGUUCAAAUAAAGCAUGGUGAUGAAUGUGUACUCGGGUCUACAUCAUUACUGGCUUGCACAUGGUGACAACACCUUAAUGUGACUUUGCAAGCACCGA